AUGCCUCUAGUGGGAAGUGCUAUUCAUUCUCGAGAAGUAACGAUGGAAAAAGAAAAAGAAGUAUUUGUUUAUGAUAAAGAUGACGAAUUCUAUUCUGCACCAGGAUUUUGUUAUUUGUUGCAUUAUCGAAAUGCUGCCAUAUUUUGUGGAAUUCUUGAAAUCCUUUUACUUAUUAUAGCCACACUCGUAUUUCUCAAUUUACAACUUGGGAAAGCAAAUAUUCGUAUAUGGUUGUCAACAAUAUUAAUUAUAUUCCUCGUUUUUGCUACAGUUACUACACUUCUCAUGAUCUAUGGCAUUGUAACGGAAAAGCCGAAGUAUAUGUGGCCAUUAAUGGCAUUCAUGCAUGUCGAAAUUACAAUUCUCAUCAUCUCAGCAAUUGCAUCGAUAACAAGUAUGUCCAUGGGACUACUGGCUACCCAUAGGCUUUUUGGUCUUUAUGUUAGCAUAAAGAAAUUGGAGAAUCAUUUUGGUCCUAUUUGGCCAUUCAAUUUAGCCGUAUUAUCAUUUUUCGCAGCAACAAUCGUAAUUUGGUCGUAUAUUAUUGUAAGAGGUGCUUAUGAUUAUCUGUUGGAUAAAGAAUAUUUCAUGAAGAAGCCAAACAUAGAAAUGGUGAAAACGAUUGUUGUUAAUGGAAUGUGA